AUGGCUUCAACUUCUGACGAAGGGCCAAAGCCAUCACGCGACCGCGUAUCCGCCAAAUCCACCGCGGAUCCUAUACUUCGAAACGCAUUGCGCUAUACCAUAUCCCCGAAAGAAUACGAGACCCUUCAUAAAUUUAUCAUCUCGCGCUCGAAGGUCCUCCAGAGAAACGCGCCUACGGUUGCGCGAGUUGAGAAACUCCUUGAUAGACCGGGACGCGAUGAUUAUAAUGCGGCGGCUGUGAGGGCUAGUUUGAGGGUGUUCCUUGCGACGGGUGCGGCUUUGAAGGCUUGGGGGGCUAUUAAGGAGAGGUUUCUUGGUGGGGAUAAGUUGCGUGGCAGAAAAGCUUCGUUGUGGAAAUCUCCAAACUUCCGACUGUCCUUAUCCCUUUCGGCGAUUUUGCUGCUCCAUCGCAUACUCUUUCGCUUCUUCACGCGAUUGAGAGCACAUCUUCUCACCCCCGAAGCGAGACCUUUCCGUCAGAGGAAUAAAAGGACGAGUCGGACUCUCACAUCAACACUUGCUCCGGCUGUGGGUGCUAGUCUGGCUGGGUUCAUGCUUGCGGUGUAUCCUGCGGAUCAGCUUAGAGUGAGUAUAUCGAUAUAUGCACUUAGUCGAGCGGCGGAAUUUGCGUAUAAUCACGCGGAGGAUGAGGGGUGGAUAUGGGGGAAGGAGGGGAGUCGGUGGGAGAGACCUUGGUGGUGGGGUAGUUGGUUGCUGUAUCCGUUGACUUGUGGGCAAUUGUUACAUGCUUUUGUCUUUGACAAGGAUUGCUUUCCUACGGCAUACGGUGACUUCAUCCUCAAAUACUCCCCUCAGUAUGUUCAAACCAGGCCGGAAGACUACCCAGCAAGUCUUCCAUGGCCGAGCACACGCAAAGUGGUUGAUAACCUCGCGGAAGUCGCCCGUCUCAACUAUCCCCCCUUCAUCUCCCCAAUCCUCUUCCCAAACAGCACCACCCUCCCCGCCUCCCUCGUCAGCAUCUCCCCAAUAACCUCCCCCGCGCACCCCCUAAUAGCCUCCCUCACCUGCGCAACCCUUCACCCCUCGGACCCGUCCUGUCUCCGCACCUACCUCACCUACUGGCUCCGCGUCUUCCCCUCUCUAACCCGCUUCUUCACCGCCGUCUUCCUCGUCCUCUCGCUCCCCUCCUACAAACGCUUCUACCGCGCCCCCAUCACCACCCUCAACAACCUCGCCUCCCGCAUCCUCCUUUACUCCUCCUUCGUCGCCGGCUCCAUCGGCACGUCCUGGGGCGCCAUCUGUUUCUUCCAGCAGCUCUUACCGCGACACUUCCUCGCUACGCAACGAUUCUUCCUGGGCGGCAUGUUAGGUGGUCUGUGGGGCUUUAUCGUGAGGAGACAGGCGAGAGGAGAGUUUUUGCAGAGUGCACGUGCCAGUAUCGAUUCGCUUUGGAAGGUGGGACGGAAGAGGGGUUGGUGGCGCGGGGUUCGGGGCGGGGAUGUGUGGUUGUUUGUGUGUAGUCUGAUGGUUAUUAAUGUGGUUUAUGAACGGGACGCGAGGAGUUUGCGGAGUGGCGUUGUGAGGAAGGGUGUUAGUGGGUUGAGAGGUGAGGGGUUUAAGGAUUGUGUUGAGGAGGAGGAGAUGAGGGUUAAGGAGGAGUGA